AGCAUCUGACGUGGGAAAAAUGGUGGGGGUUGUGUGGCAUUGUGGAGGGUAGUGAACUGAAACCACCUCAGGAGAGUGAGUGAGCCACCAAAUCAACCAAAACUUUCCGGUCACCAAAACCUCCAAACUGUGCGAUAAGCCUACCUACUCGUAGUGUUACUCUAUGCAUAUCUUCUUAAAGAAUGAGAGAGAUAAAAAGAGUGGCUCAAACUCUCUCAAGAAUCUGAAUCUAUUCCAUGAAGAGAGUAAGAGUAAUGCAAAGAAAAAGACUUCCUUUAUUUUCUAUCUUUUUCUUGAUAGCCAAACACCAAGUUCAAGCUCCCUUUUCUCAGUAAGCUCUUUGCACUUUGCAGGCAAGGUGGGACUUGGGAGGUAUAGUUCUUUCCCUCUUUGUUUUGAUCUCCACAUUUACAUAUAAGACUUUUUUCUUUGAAGUAAGGUUUUUUUGAAUAUAAUUUCGUUGCUAUAUAUAUUCAUCUUCAAAGAGAAAAGAGGAAAAAGAAAAUGCGUGGCUUUAAAUUCUUUGAUAGAUUUAAGAGCACCCAAGUCCACGCCUUAAGCCCCUCAGAUAACAACUCUGGUAUGAGAGCCAAACUUCCAAAAUCCAAUUUCACCAGCUCUGUUUCAGUGUCUUCUCAAGCGCUGCUUCCUUAUGGACUCCCUACAACUGAAAUUCUUGAACCCCAGCUAGACCCCGACUUAAAACCCAUAUACCAUGUGGAAUCUUUGGCUGACCUCUAUCGUCGCCUAGACACCUGCUUGCCAACUGAUAAAUCAUUAUUAUUUAUUGAGCAGUAUACCCUCUUGCGUUGCUUGGGUGAUUCUAAGCUGCUUAGAAGGUGCCUCUUUGCUGCAAGGCAAUAUGCUACUGACGUGCACUCCAAGGUUGUGCUUUCUGCUUGGUUAAGAUUUGAUAGGAGAGAAGAUGAAUUUAUUGGCGUUUCAUCGAUGGAUUGUAAUGGCAAUGUUCUUGAAUGUCCCAUUGCUGCUUUAGUUUCCGGGUAUGAUCCUAAUUCAGUUUCUAUUCAUUGCCUAUGUAAUCAAGGUUGUUCUGAGGUGGUUAGUACACAAACCUUGAUAGGAAAUGAUUGCCCCAGUUUGGAUGAUGAUUAUGACAACGAUGAUGUUUCGUUUUGUAUUAAUGAUGAGUUGAUUCAUUGUUUUAGAUACAAAAUUGCUGCUCUUUCUAGUCCACUAAAGGCAAUGCUAUAUGGUAGCUUUGCAGAGUCAAGAAGGGAUAAAAUUGAUUUUUCAAUGAACGGAAUAUCUGUGGGGGGAAUGAGAGCUGUUGAAGUGUAUAGUAGGACUAGGAGAGUUGAUUUGUUUAGUGCUGGGAUUGUUUUGGAGUUGCUCUCUUUUGCAAAUAGGUUUUGCUGUGAGGAGAUGAAGUCUGCUUGUGAUGCUCAUUUGGCUUCAUUAGUAUGUGGAAUUGAGGAUGUAUUGAUUCUUAUUGAUUAUGGUUUGGAAGAAAGGGCAAACCUUCUUGUGGCUGCUUGCUUGCUGGUGUUGUUGAGAGAGCUUCCUAGUUCCUUGUAUAAUCGUAAAGUGCUGAAAAUUUUCUGUAGUCCUGAGGCUGGGGAGAGAUGGAGCAUGCUUGGGCGUGGUUCGUUCUUUCUGUAUUAUUUCCUGAGCCAAGUUGCUAUAGAAGAGAAUAUGGCAUCAAACACAACUGUAAUGUUGUUGGACAGAUUGCAAGAAUUUGCGACUGAAAAGUGGCAAAAAGCGCUUGCCAUGCAUAAACUGGGUUGUGUUCUUCUUGAGAGAAAAGAAUACAAGGAUGCCCAGUUUUGUUUUGAGGCAGCAGUUCAGGCAGGUCAUGUUUAUUCAGUAGCUGGUAUUGCAAGGGCUAAGUACAAGCAAGGGCAACAGUAUUCAGCAUUUAGGUUGAUAAAUUCUAUAAUUUUUGAGUAUAAGCCAGUUGGUUGGAUGUACCAAGAGAGAUCUUUAUAUGGUGUUGGAAGAGAGAAAAUUAUUGAUCUCAAUACUGCCACUGAACUGGAUCCAACCCUCUCAUUUCCCUAUAAAUACAGAGCUGUCAUGAAGGUGGAAAAGAAACAUAUUAAGCAAGCUAUCUUGGAGAUUGGUAAAAUCAUUGCAUUCAAGCUUUCACCGGACUGCCUUGAAUUGCGGGCUUGGUUCUACAUUGCACUUGAAGAUUAUGAAAGUGCCUUGAGAGAUGUUCGAGCAUUAUUAACUUUGGAACCUAAUUAUAUGAUGUUUCAUGGGAGGGUGAGCAGUGAUCACUUGGUUGAACUUCUAAGCCAUCGGAUUCAGCAGUGGAGCCUGGCUGACUGUUGGAUGCAACUUUAUGAACAAUGGUCAUGUGUUGAUGAUAUUGCCUCUCUGGCUGUCAUAAAUCAAAUGCUGGUAAAUGAUCCUGGGAAGAGCCUAUUAUGGUUUCGGCAGUCUUUACUUCUUCUAAGGUUAAAUUGUCAGAAGGCAGCAAUGCGCUGUUUGCGGUUGGCUACUAAUCAUUGUAGUUCUGAGCAUGAAAGACUGGUUUAUGAAGGAUGGAUUUUAUAUGACACCGGCCAUCGUGAAGAAGCUCUCUUCAGGGCUGAGAAAUCCAUUUUGAUCCAGAGGUCAUUUGAAGCAUUCUUUCUUAAAGCAUACAUAUUAGCUGAUACAAAUCUGGAUCCUGAAACAUCAUCUUAUGUCAUCCAACUAUUGGAGGAAGCUCUUCGAUGCCCUUCAGAUGGUCUUAGGAAAGGACAAGCAUUGAAUAAUUUAGGAAGUAUUUUUGUGGAUUGUGGUAAGCUGGAUCAGGCUGCAGAUUGCUACAUGAAUGCCCUUAAAAUUAAGCAUACAAGAGCUCAUCAAGGGUUGGCACGUGUUUAUCAUUUGAAAAGUCAAAGGAAAGCUGCAUUUGAUGAGAUGACCAAGCUAAUAGAGAAGGCACAUAAUAAUGCAUCAGCAUAUGAGAAACGGUCAGAAUACUGUGACCGUGACAUGGCAAAGAAUGACCUUAAUAGGGCAACACAGCUCGAUCCACUACGAACAUACCCGUAUAGGUACAGGGCAGCUGUGCUAAUGGAUGACCAAAAGGAAACUGAAGCACUAGAAGAGCUUACGAAGGCAAUAGCUUUUAAACCUGAGUUGCAAAUGCUUCAUCUUCGAGCAGCAUUUUAUGAGUCAAUAGGGGACCUCCCUUCAACACUUCAGGAUUGUGAGGCAGCUCUCUGCCUGGACCCCAAUCACAUUGAUACACUUGAUCUGUACAAUAAAACACAGAACCGCGCUGCUCAUCAGUGAAACUUUUGAACAAUUCUACAAUGUCGGUGAUAAUUUCUGUGUACUUCUCUAUUAGUUCUUGAGGGUAAAAGUCAUGAGUUCCAACACUCCAUGCUGAUUUUAUGAAUAUUAUAAUUUGGAAAACAUAUGGUCCAAAAGAUCAUCCAUCAACAAGAUUACCACGUGGGGUAUAAUGCAUUAAGGAGAUGCAUUGAUGUCGCAAGUAUAUAUGGCUUUGUGAAAUUGAUUGGUUAGAAGGAAUACUGCCAGCCCUUCGACAAUUUCAGUGGAAGUUAAUGGUGUAUAGCAGCAUCAGAUUAAGGUCUAAAAGUUCAUUUCUUUGGUAACUUGUUCACUUGAACAGUAUACAUUUCACCACUUGUUUCUCACUAGAAACAGUUUUUUUCCUCUUUUAUUAUUAUCAUCAGCUCAUCUUGUACAUGAACAUAGUCAGGAAGAGAUCUGAAUGUCCCUCAUCGCAUCAUGCUUUUAUACUGCAAUCUGCAGUAGGAUUUAGACAAGAAAUUCCAUGUAGUUUCUCCGGAUAAUGGACAUAAGCUCUCUACUUCCAUUUUC